GAUUGACAUGAUCAACAAAAUAAGUCUAAUCCAAGGUAAGAUCAUAGCUAGAUACCAACCCUAUUUAUUUAGGGGAAAAUAAAUCAAAUAUCCUGAACUUUGGUUGAGUGUGAUUUCCCCACCCUGUACUUAUAUGUGUUAUUUAAAUAUCCCCCACUUUAUUAAUUUGAGUUUUGAGUACCCCAUCAUUCAAUUAACAUGACAUAUUCUCCAUUUAUCUCUCUUGAAUAGAUCCAGCUGGCUAUAGAAAUUCCAUGUUAGCAAAACUCUCCCACCUCCACCCUCCCGCGUUCUCAGAUCACGUUUACGCCUAUCUCUUACUCUCACUUCACAGGGUUUGAAAAAACCCUAACUUGCAACAACGACCAUGAAUGAAGCAGGGACGAGAAUCGACUAUAGGUCAGGAGCUUCCACCAUCACAGCAGGUGUCUGCAACUGAGGUUUCAAACCCAGGAUUUGAAAGUCUGUCACCUCAUUUACCGUAUUCCAAAAUAGGAGACCAAUCCACCAAAGCUCGUAAGCUAGGCUCCACGUAUCGUCCAGGGACGCGUUACUCUCGCCACAAAGACAACAUAAACGGUCGAAAUUUGCAGGUGGUGGAACGAAUCACCCCUCAAAGCAGGCGACCGGAGAAGGUGGUCGGAGGAACCCCACCGCGCGCAACCGGCGUCUGACGGUCGAAACUUUGUCAUCAUCUCUUCUAUCCUCUGAGAACUCAAGAACGACGGUCUACUAUUAGAGUAGUUUUUGAAAUUUCUCAGGUUCAGGCUUUCCCUAAUUAGAAGCAUGGAUUUUAAUUUUUACUCCAAAUAGAAAUUUCAUUGGUGACGUGGAUUUUAAAUGACAACUAGGUGUUUUAUUGCAUGUUUAUUUUCACACAUGGUACGG